UAUAAAUAGAUAAUGUAACGAAAGUGAAAACAAUUCUUAGAGAGCGCGAAAAACAGGAUAAUGCUCUCGCUUAGAGAGUGCUGCAGGAAAAACUUGCCAACAAAGGAUAUUUACUGCGCAUGCGCUGCCCUGAGUGUAGGUUGGAAGCCCAACCAUACACUUCCAGUUGUCAUAUGAAUGAAUGAUUUCUACAAACCACCACCGUGUGUGCUGUGGAAUUUUACUGACUUACUGCCCACUUAGAAAGGCAGCUCAAAAUUAUUACGGGUUUCAAUUACAUGCAUAUCUACGUACAUAGUAGUUCUGAUAAAAAGUGUAGGUUUCGGUGGAGCACAAAAAUUGCUCAGUGAUACGGGAGUAAAGUGUAGCAUGGAACUCCAUACAGUCCGUUAGUCUGCUCCCAAACAAUUGGGGGAAAUACCAAAACGCAUAACCAAUAUAAUGUAUAUGUGCAUAGGGAUUGUGUGUGUGCUUAACUUCCAAUGAGAAAAGUGGGAGAAGAAAUUUGAAAAGAAAUUUUCAACGCAACCACACGAAAUCGAUAAGCUCGGAGGAAUAUCAGAUAUUUUCAGACUGUGUGACCAUAAUUUUCGCUGAAAAUUUUUCUUAUGCUUGUAAAAAAAAUUUAUAUAGAAAAUAGAAAAUAAAAUAAAAAUUUGAAAUUUUGAAAAAGUGGCGCAGAAAAGUGUGCAAAUAUCGAGUGUAAAGAAAAUAUUUAUUAAAGCAUUUGUUUAAAUGAAGAAACGACAGCCCAACGAAGUGGAUAUGUCUAAGAAAAGUUUAUCAAUGGUCCCUUUUUGAAAAUUAUUCGAAAGCGUUUGAUUAUUGAGAAAGAGUAGAGUAAAAAAAUACUUGAUCAUCUGCGUAGCUAACACGCAGAUAUAAGUAAAAAAAAGAAACCAAACACAAAAAAAAAAAAAAACAAUUGGAAGAAGUUUUUUUCUCUAAAGCACAUUUGAAGUGGUUGCACUGAGUGUAAUUACGAACAAAACCACACUCGAAAAUGCAGCCCCCGCCACGUAAGGGAAAUUAUGUGAAAUUCUUAAAGAAUUUGCACACAGAACAAGUGGCUAAAUUGCAAUUAAAGAAUCAACAUGAGUGCGAUCUGCUCGAGGAUAUACGACAAUUUACCAUUAAACGUUCCGCCAUUGAGAAGUCAUAUAGCGAGUCAUUGCUGAAGAUUUCCUCGCAAUAUUUGAAUAAGAAAAUACCAAAUAUACCAGACAUAAAAAUGGAGGGCAUGGAAGAGAGAUGGAAUAUGUGGAGCGUUUGGCGUACUGUACUAGAAGAGAACGAGAAGCUCGCUCGUGCACGUUUAGCUGCCAUCGAGGUGUUCCAACAACAAAUUGCCGACGAAGCUAAGGUGCUGCGUGACUACAAGUUAGCCAUUUCCAAGAAAUCGCUCUCACAAAUAGUGAACGUACAGAAAGAAUUACAUCUCAGCGUCUCCGAUGUGGAUAAGACGAAGAAACAGUAUUUUGAUGAGGAGCACUGUGCUCACGAUGUACGCGAUAAGGCACGUGACAUUGAGGAGAAGUUAAAGAAAAAGAAAGGUUCAUUCUUUCAAUCGAUCACAUCGCUGCAAAAGAACAGCGCACGCGUUACAUCGCGCAAGGAGUUGCUGGAAGAGAAAUCGACUGGCGCACGCAAUGACUACAUACUGAGCUUGGCGGCAGCAAAUGCACAUCAGAAUCGAUACUUCACCGUCGAUCUACAAACAACGAUGACCACUAUGGAAAAUUAUGUAUUCGAACGCGUCGCCGAGUACCUGACACUGAUGGGCCGCACCGAAUUGCUCACCUGUUCGGCCACACAGAAUUCAUUCGGCAAAAUACGUGAUCAGGCGCAACAAUUGACACGCGAAUAUAAUUUGCAGUGUUGCUACUUAUUCUAUCCAGUGCUAAAGCAACAUAUACAAUAUGACUUCGAGCCGUGCGAUAAUGAUCCGAUACGAAAGAUCACCACCGAGCAUGAGUCGGCGUCAGAGACGCUCACAAAAGAAGCAAAGAAUCUGGCGGGACGUGUGGUGAAAGAAAAUGUUGCUAUUCGUGAUGCUGCUAAGAAAUUGGCAAUCUGUGUAUCACUGCGCGAUUCCGGACAACGCUCCGAUCCCAAUGAUCCAAAUGGACCCGAUUUGGAUACAAAAAUUGAGGAGUUCAGGGACUUAAUACGUCGCUCCGAAACGGAAAAAGCUAAGGCUGAGGCGUGUUUACAGAGUUUGCGCGAAGGUGGCAUUAACGUUGAUGAAUGGGUGCAGGAGGCGGAGAUAAUGGGCGUACAGGAAUUGGCACGAUCGGCUAGUUCGAUCUCUAUGCGUACAGAUGCGUCGGGACAAGGGGAAAAUCCCAGCUCAGAUUCCUUCUAUGACAGCGACAAAGAGGAUGCUGCAGGUGCACAAGCUGGCGCAGCUGCCAAAUCUAAAGUGGAGAAGGAAUUGUCACGCGAUAAGACAUUCAGUGACAGCGAUGAAGAAGUGGAGGAGCGUGUACCAGAGCCGAUGGCUGCAGCACCGAUAAUGGCCGCUACAACUGGUUGGGAUGAUCCGACAGAGGUUAACUGGGGUGCUGAAGAAGAAGAAGAGAAGGAUGAACCCAUUGUUCCUGAACCAAAGGAGGCUAUCUUCAAAUGCACAGCUCUCUAUAGCUAUACUGCUCAAAAUCCAGAUGAACUUACCAUUGUCGAAAACGAACAGCUGGAGGUGAUUGGGGAGGGUGAUGGCGAUGGCUGGUUGCGUGCACGCAACUAUCGCGGCGAGGAGGGCUAUGUGCCGCACAAUUAUCUGGACAUCGAACAGGAUACUGCCGUUAACGGUAGCUCAGGCAAUCAAUUGCGUUCACAAAUCUCAUUCUCAUCUGUCGAUUAUACCGUUGACAAUGAAGAUCAAACCGUGGACUCCAUGCAAUCCCCAGAUCAGGUCUCUGUCAUAAUGGCGCCGCAGAAAAAGAAAUCCGAUGUACUCUAUUGUAUAGCGCUAUACGACUACGAUGCAACCGCCGAAGAUGAGCUGACAUUCGAGGAGGGUCAAAUAAUUAAGAUUGUCACAAAGACGGCGCAUGGCGUGGAUGAUGGCUGGUGGGAGGGUGAAUUGGAUGGUAAAUUUGGUAAUUUCCCAUCAUUGGUAGUCGAGGAAUGUGAUGAGAAUGGCGAACCGUUGACGGAGGGUGGCGAUGAGUCACCACCACCGACGGCACCGCCCAGUUUUGCGCUUCCACCCGCACCGGCACUACCGCCCGAGUAUGCACACGAGCUGACGGAGGAUAUGUUUGAAUCGCAGGACACAGCAGAUGACGAUAGCGGCUAUAUACCGAACGGUGGUGCACCCAGCAUGCCUCCACCAGUACUCAUACAAGAGCCUGGAAUGGAGGACGAUAUCAGCGACGAUGGUAAUCCACCACCAUCGCUGCCGCCGCCGGCUUUAAAUGUCGGACCCAGCAAGGAAGGUAAUUCACUAAAUUUAGGUAUGGCACAAAUAAUUGUUACCGCCGCAACCCCAAUGGUUGAAGACGGCACAGAUAAAUCUUUCCCUCCGAUAGGAGAGAGUGAUGAAGGUAGUACAGCUGCAGCUACAGCGAAAACUGCCAGUAGCGAUGACGAUGUCAAGCCGGUUAAGCAGAAAAAGGCGGAACCAACGAAACAGUUGGCAUCAGCAGCAGCUGAUGAAAAUGAAAAUCAUGAAGACGACACACACUCAUCCGAUCAGGAUCCCGAUUCUGAGGUGAAGACUUUACAAGAGGCCGAUGAUCCAUUCAAUGAAAAGGGCAGUGCUGCUGAUGCUGACGAUGGAUUUGGGGCGAAUUUCGAAGCCAAUUUCGAUGCUAACUUCGAUGAUGCUUUUGCUGGUGGUGCACAAUCGGCCGAUGUGAAUGCCGAGCUGAGCGUCGAUGAUGUGCAGACACCCAAACAAGUGGUAGGCGGACGUGCAAGUAUACCCGAGGAAUUGGAUUCAAAUCAAUUGGCACGAUUACAAAAUCUGAAAGAGUCAAAUGCUUAAGGAAACGUACAAAAACUAUAGAAAUUGAAUAUGCAACAUAAACUGCAUUUACUCGCAGACAUUACGAGAGAUUUUGCACUAAGGAAAAUAUAAAUAUGGGAGUAUACAUACAUGCUUGUAUCGUGUGAGGUACUUAAUGUAUGUGAGUGUGGUCACAGAUGGACGAAAUCGCUGAUUUCUUACGUGAAACUCUCUAGCAAAAGUGUCUGUGCUCUUUUGUAUGCAAGAAAAACAACAAGAAUUAAGGAAAAAGUGAAGUAAGAUUCUAAGAAGAAAGUAUUAAGAGAGUAAAUAUAAAUAUAUAUAUACGCUGAAAUAUUGUAAUUGUGUCAACUCUGCACCUUGAUAUAUGGAAACAUAUAACCUAUAUACAUACUACACAACAACAACAAAACCAAAACUAAACAAUGAUACUCAUAAAAGACCCGCUUUCAUAAAACUCCAUUUGAAUUGAACUAUUAUUAGGGAAAAAUGUUACACUUGAAUAUAUGUAAGUAUUAGUAUACAAACACACACACAUAAUUAUAUGGAUAAAUUGAAAAAUUCAAAAAUACUCAUACCACAACUGUAUUAUUGCAUAUACUAUAUUAUACUACUUAUUAGAGGAGAUAGUAAAUCAUUUAACUACAGUGACUUGCGAAAAUGUUCAAGUGUUGACUAAAAAAUAAAAAAAAUAAAAAUAAAAAAUAAAAUACCUACUUACUUUCCUGCCUUUAAUUGUUAGUCUAAAAUAUUAUUUGAAAAUUUUCGAAAGAAAGAAUAUAAGAAAUUUGCCUUAGUCUCUAUUAAAAGUACCAUUAUUUUGCGCAACACUGUAGUUUUUAGUGAUUUCACGAAUGUGCUUCAACAAAUGUGCUUAAUAUAUAUACAUACAUACAUGUAAUAGAUAUACACGUAUAUACUCUCAGAUAUGCAAUACAAUACAUACAUACAUACAUACAUGUACACCUAUAAAUAAUGAAUAUAUAUGUAUGUAAUUACCAAGAACUUCAAAAAGAGAUACUGAUUACGAAUGCAAUAACGGAAAAUUAAAGCAUUAUUAUAGCUAAUAGAAAACGAAAAAAACAUUAAUAGCAAAAGAAAAAUUAAUCACAACAAAAAAAAAAAAGCUGCAGU